AUUAUUUCACCUUACUCUUUUCCUUCUCUUCUCUCAUUGCUUGAAAUCUUCUUCCCUGCACCUCAUCUUCUGAUCCUCAUUUCCACAUUUAGCAUGCACACACUUUUGUAAAAAUUACAGAGACAUGGGCAACUGUUUUCCAACACCUUUCACUAGCUUCCCUGCUACCCCUAAGCUUCGCAAUGCAUCAGUUUAUAGUGCUGGAGAUCAGGAGAAUAGCAAUGCUAGUAGCUCCGGGGAUAACUAUCCACCCGGUAAAGGAGAGGGGAGAAUCGUGACUCCGAAUUUGAAGAUAUACACUUUCUCCGAGCUGAAGAACGCGACUAAAAAUUUUAAAGCGGCAACUAUGCUGGGUGAAGGUGGAUUCGGAAGUGUUUAUAAAGGCUGGGUCGACGAGAAAACCCUAGCUCCGUCCAGGGUUGGUUUCGGCAUCCCGGUUGCUGUCAAGAAAUCAAACCCAGAUGGGGAUCAAGGCCUCAAAGAGUGGCAGGCCGAAGUGAGAUUCUUAGGAAAGUUUAGCCAUCCCAAUCUCGUGAAACUUUUAGGAUAUUGCUGGGAAGAUAGAGAGCUUCUUCUUGUCUAUGAGUACAUGCAGAAAGGAAGCUUAGAAAGUCAUCUUUUCAGAAAUGGUGCAGAACCACUUCCAUGGAAAACACGGAUCAAAAUAGUGAUAGGAGCUGCUAGAGGUCUUUCUUUUCUUCAUGCAACGGAGAAACAAGUCAUUUAUCGAGAUCUCAAAACAGCCAACAUUUUACUAGACGGGGAGUUCAAUGCCAAGUUAUCAGAUUUUGGAUUGGCGAAAUUAGGGCCAAUAGAUGGCAAUUCUCAUGUUUCCACAGGUGUAGUGGGAACAUAUGGCUAUGCUGCUCCUGAAUACAUGGCUACAGGUCAUUUGUACGUGAGUAGUGACGUUUAUGGUUUUGGAGUUGUGUUGCUGGAAGUUUUAACCGGGAGGCGCGUCUUAGACGUGAAUCGUCCUAAAGACGAGCUUAAUUUGGUGCAAUGGGCUACACCACUUCUUUCCAAGAAAGGUACAUUGAGGAGGAUUAUGGAUCCGAAAUUGGAACACAGAUAUCCGAUCAAGGCCGCAUUUGAAGCAGCAACACUUAUACUCAAGUGUCUGGAAUCCGAACCCAGGAAUCGACCGUCGAUUGAUGAAGUUUUGAGCACUCUGGAACAAAUCAAUAAUGUAUAUAUGACUCCUGAAGAGCCUAAAGUGAACAAUGUCAAGAACCCCGGGGCACGUCGAGGCUUAAAUAAUCAUCGCUAUCGGAAUUAAUUUGAUUGAAGUGUUCAUCUGUCAAGUGGAGCUGGUAGAAGAUAGUGGUUUUGAGAGUAAUUGGCAGGGGAUUUGUUUUAGACUGUGGAUCUGUAAAAUACAAGGACCGUUUCUUGUUGUGUAGUAUUUUCAUUUCAAAUAAUGACAUGAGAUGAUAUUAGUAAAUUACAGGAUUGAAGAAUAGGUAAAACUUAAAAGGUCUUUGUAAGUCAGAAGUUUGGAUUUAGAAAUUUGAUUAUAUAAAUUUUUAAA